AUGACCAAUGAAGUGGUCGUUGAAAAAGGCAAUCAAGUUGCCAAAACUGUCAAGUUUUGUGUGAUGGGUGGAAUACCGGGAGUUCCUGGUUGCCUGGAACACACAGGCGUGGUAACCCAAGUCAUCAGGGAGGCGAGAGAAGGCAGAGGGGAUCUGGCGGUGCUAUGGCUGGAUCUCACUCACGCCUAUGGCUCGAUACCCCACAAGCUGGUAGGAGUGGCACUGGAGAGACACCAUGUUCCCCAGAAGGUGAAACACCUCAUUCUGGACUACUACAGCAAGUUCAGCUUGAGAGUCUCCUCUGGCGAGAUGACAUCUGACUGGCACCAGCUGGAAGUUGGCAUAAUCACUGGGUGCACAAUCUCAGUAAGCCUCUUUGCGCUGGCAAUGAAUAUGCUGGUCAAGGCAGCUGAACCAGAAUGCAGAGGUCCCCUCAGCAAGUCUGGAGUGAGGCAACCUCCCAUCAGAGCCUUCAUGGAUGACCUCACGGUGACAACAACAGCUGUACCAGGAGCCAGGUGGAUCCUCCAGGGGUUGGAGCGCGUCAUGGCGUGGGCACGCAUGAGCUUCAAACCGGCAAAGUCCCGGUCCUUGGUUCUGAAGAAGGGGAAGGUCACAGACAGAUUCCGCUUCAGCCUGGGAGUACAUCAGAUCCCAUCAGUCACUGAGAAGCCAGUGAAGAGCCUUGGAAAGGUCUUCAACUGCAGUCUGAAGGAUGCAGAUUCCAUCAAGGCAACCAGUGCUGACCUGGAGGGCUGGUUAAGGACAGUGGACAAGUCUGGGCUCCCUGGAAGAUUCAAGGCCUGGGUCUACCAGCAUGGGAUCCUCCCAAGAAUUCUCUGGCCUCUCCUCAUCUAUGAGGUCCCCAUGACUGUGGUGGAAGGUUUUGAGCAGAAGGUGAGCAGCUAUCUGCGAAGAUGGCUGGGAUUACCACGCAGCCUAAGUAGCAUUGGGCUGUAUGGGAACACCAACAAGCUCAGGCUCCCUUUCAGUUCAGUCAGAGAGGAGUUCAUUGUGGCACGGGCACGGGAACACCUGCAGUACUCUGGAUCCAGAGAUGCCAAAGUGUCCGGGGCAGGGAUC